AUGAGCCCUCUCCGAGGCCUCACCAUCAUCUUCCUCCUGCAGCUUGUUGCAGGGUUGCCGGAGGUGGAGCUGAUCAGAGUGUGUGGCCAGCCGCGGAUGCUGAACCGCAUGGUGGGCGGGGAAGAUGCUGAGGAGCAGGAAUGGCCGUGGCAGGUGAGCAUUCAACGCAACGGAAGCCAUUUUUGCGGAGGCAGCCUGAUCACCGAGCAGUGGGUCAUGACGGCGGCACACUGCUUCUCCAACUCCUCGGACACAUCCCAGUACCAGGUCUUGCUGGGGGCGAGGCAGCUGGUGAACCCAGGCCCCCACGCUGUGUAUGCCAAGGUGAUGAAAGUGGAGAGCAACCCGCAAUACAGUGGCAUGGCCUCGAGCGCUGACGUGGCCCUGGUCAAGCUGGAUGCUCCCGUGACCUUCAAUGACCAUAUCAUGCCCGUGUGCGUGCCGGACCUGGGGGUCGACUUCCAGGCAGGGAUGAAGUGCUGGGUUACAGGCUGGGGCAGCCCCAGUGAGCAAGAUCAUCUGCCCAACCCCCGCAUCCUGCAGAAGCUGGAGGUUCCCAUCAUUGACACCCAGAAAUGCAAUGUCCUGUACAGCAAGGACCCGGAGAAAGGGCUGCUGCCCAAGACCAUCAAAGAUGACAUGCUGUGUGCUGGCUAUGCCGAGGGCAAGAAGGAUGCUUGCAAGGGUGAUUCCGGGGGUCCUCUGGUCUGUAGGUUCGGCCAGACCUGGCUGCAGGCCGGUGUGAUUAGCUGGGGAGAAGGUUGUGCCCGCAAGAACCGGCCAGGAGUCUAUAUCCGGGUCACUGCCCACCACGACUGGAUCCAUAGGAUCAUUCCGGAGCUGCAGUUCCGGUCGGGGUCCGGCCAGAAGAGAGACCCCAGGCAGUUCUUCACCACCCGCAGCUUUGCCUCCAGCCUGGCAGCUCAUACGCUCCUCCUUGGCCUCACCGCUAUGCUCAGCGUCCUCUGA